AUGGGCAGCAGUUCAGAACAGUCAGAUUUAAGUGAUUCUGAGAUAGAGUACUACUUAGAGAAGCCGUAUAAACAGCUAAAAGCUGGAAAUUACAUAAUCCAGAAUCCAAAUGCCACCUUUAGAUGCCCUUUCUGUGGGAAGAAAAAACAGGAAUAUCGUUACCAUGAACUUCUUCAGCAUGCCUCUGGAGUUGGAGCAGGCUCAGCUAAUAGAAGAAGUGCAAAAAACAAGGCAAAGCACCUUGCGUUGGCAAGGUACUUGAAAGAAAACCUUGUUGAUGAUUCACAUUCAACACUGUCUAAGGCUGAGCCAGGACAUGUCAUUGAACAGCUCAAGCAGGAUGAACUCUUUGUCUGGCCUUGGAAAGGAAUUGUUGCUAAUAUACUGAGGCAGCAAAAGCAUGAAAGAGUUGUUAAUGAAAGUGUGCAUUGGCUGAGAAAGUUCAUUCAAUAUCAACCUGUAGAAGCCCAAGUCUUAUGCAGUGUCCAGGACAUUUCAGGGUAUGUCAUAUUAGAUUUUGGUAAAGGGUGGAGUGGACUUAGUAAUGUCAGGAAAUUUGAUAAAGAUUUUCAAGCUGUUCAACAUGGUAAAAAGGAUUGGGAUGCUUGGAAAGAGUAUCCCGGUUCAGAUUUAUAUGGAUGGUGUGCAAGUGCGGAUGAUUAUCAUUUAAAAGGGCCAGUUGGAGAUUAUCUCCGUGAGAAAGCUGAGUUGAAAACAGUUGCUGACGUAAUGAAAGAAUCAACAGAGGAAACAAACACAACAGUGGUGAAUUUAGCUAAGGAACUUGAUAUCACAAACAAUAAUUUGAAUGAGAUGGAGCUGAAGUACAAUGAAACAAGCAUGUCCGUAAGUAAAAUGAUGGAAGAAAAUGACAGACUUCACCAGGUUUACAAUGGAGAAUUGGAGAGGAUGCAGCGUCUUGCACAAGAUAAUGCUCGUAGAAUUAUAGAGGAGACUGAAAAGUUAAAAUAUGAACUAGAAUGUAAGAGAAUGAAGCUUGAUAAAUGGAGCCAACAACUGACUGAGCAAGAAGCCUUAACUGUAAGUGAAAGACAAAAAUUGGAGGAGGAGAAGAAAAGGAAAAAUGAGGUGCUUCACUUGGCUUCAUUGUCGCAUGUGGAGGCCAGUAGUAGUGUCUUGAGACUGCUUGACGAGCAACAGAGAGAAAAAAAGGCUGCAUUGGACACAAUGCUUAACUUAGAAAGAGAACUGGCUUCUAAACAGAAGCUGCAGUUAGACAUUGAAGAACUGAGAGGGCAACUGAAGGUCAUGGAGUGCAUGGGAGGUGAAAAUGACAAGGCAGUAAAGAAAAAGAUGGAAGAGAUGGAGGAAGAAUUGAAGGAAAAGGUUGAAGAACUCCAAGAUGUGGAAGCCUUGAAUCAAACUCUUAUUGUGAAAGAACGUGAAAUUAAUGACCAACUACAAGAGGCUCGCAGAGAAAUGAUUGCAGGUUUGUCAGGGCUCCUGAGUGGCUACACUACCAUUGGAAUCAAGAGAUUGGGAGAGAUUAAUGUAAAGCCCUUCCAAAAGGUGUGUAAGAAAAGAUAUCCAGGAGAUGGAGCAUUGGAGAAGUCUGCGAUUCUAUGCUCCAAGUGGCAAGAGUAUAUUCAGAAUACGGGAUGGUAUCCAUUUAAAGUUAUAGAGAUUGAUGGGAACAAAGCCAAGGAAAUAAUAGAUGAAGAAGAUGAGAAGUUGAGUAAAUUAAGGAAAGAAUGGGGAGAAGAGGUCUAUAUGGCUGUAGUAACAGCUCUGACGGAGAUGAAUGAACACAACCCUAGUGGGAGAUACGUGAUACCUGAGCUCUGGAACUUCAAAAAACAACGUAAAGCCACAUUGAAAGAAGUUAUUGCUUACAUAUUGGAGAGAACUUCUAAGAAACCAAGAAGGUGA